CUUCACCACACACUCCUUCUCCAUUAACACCUCUCUCUAAUCUUUCAUCUGAACACCUACAAUGGCCACUUCCUUCUCUACCUUGACACCUUUUCUCUUCAUCCUCCUUCUCUCCAUCCCCUCCGUUCUUGGCGCUUCUCAUCACCACACGGCGGCGCCAGCUCCGGCUGUAGACUGUUCGACCCUCAUACUCAACAUGGCUGAUUGUUUGUCCUUUGUUUCAGCUGGAGGCACGGAGGCUAAGCCGGCUAGUUCUUGCUGCAACGGGCUUAAGACCGUGCUUAAGACUGACGCAGAGUGUCUAUGUGAGGCGUUUAAAAGCAGUGCUUCUCUAGGCGUUACUUUGAACAUGACUAAAGCAGCUACACUUCCUGCUGCAUGCAAGCUUCACGCUCCUUCUAUCUCUGCUUGUGGAUUGUCCGUCCCUCCUACUAUGGCUCCAGGUCUUGCUCCAGAAGGAGCUGCUGCUGCUCCUGGGCCUGGACUUAUAACCGUAGGCCCGUCUGCAGGGAACGACGGAUCUUCCUUGAUCCCCAUCUCCUUCACCACCGUACUCACUGCUAUGUUCUUCGUAUUGUUUUUUGUCAGCUAGAUUUGGCUUUGGGUUUUCAAGGCUUUAGUUGCGUGUCUUUUGAGUCUUCUCUGUUUCAGACCAUGUCGGUUACUGUUCGUAUUUUUACUCUUAAUUAUGUGCGCAUUGGUCCUUUUACAAGGGCGUCACUGAUUACUCUUAUAUUGAUGGUUACUUAUUAAAUUUCUAGUUUUCCUAAACAAUUUC